UCAAAUUGUUUCAAAAUCAUGUUUCUGCCGUUUCUUUGAGAUAAAGUUAAAAAAGCUAUUUUUAACAUAAUUUAUCGAGUGUACAUUUAUUAAAAUGCCUCGAACUUCAAAAAAUAGUAGCUCACAAAGUAUUAACAUACUACAAGAUCUUCAAGUUAGACCACAAACAUCAAAUGGAAAGGCUAAAAAGAUUACUUCAAGUAUGUAUUUUUUGGACGAAGAGCCUGAUUAUUCAGAUUCUGAUGAAGAUUUUUUCAAUAUAAGAGGAAAGGAACCAGUAUAUGGUGAAUACAUAUAUAUAACAAAGCCCGUACGGAAGAAUUGUAAUGUGGAAGUACAGUGUGACAUUCUAACUAUUGAAAAAUCCUUAGAUGCCUUUGUCACAAAAUGUGCAGAAUUGGAUCCGAAUACAGUAGGUAGAUAUAAACAACUUGUACUUCUCUGUAAAGAAUUAGUUAAUGACAGAUACUUUAUAACGAGUGAUCCUUACCAUUGUGACACAAAUUCAGAUGCAGAAAGGUCUAGUGAAAACCUUAAAGUUUUUUCUGAAAAAGAAGAGGAAGAGAUUUCAGUGAACAAUUUGAAAUCAAUUAAUAGUAGAAAUAAAGAAGAAAAUAAUAUAAAAUCGAACCAAAAAAGAUUAAGUACUAAAAAUUCUGCAUUUGAAGAGGAAAGCGAUUCCAAUGGCAAUAAACAGAAAAAGUCUAAACGGUCGAAUGGCAACCUUGGAGUUAUAUCUGAAACAAAUGAGAAAGAUAUUUCAACGGACAAUUUGAAACCAAAUAAGAGUAGAAAUAAAGAAGAAAAUAAUAGAAAACCGAACCAAAAAAGAUUAAGUACUAAAAAUUCUGCAUUUGAAGAGGAAAGCGAUUUCAAUGGCAAUAAACAGGAAAAGUCUAAACGGUCGAAUGGCAACCUUGGAGUUAUAUCUGAAACAAAUGAGGAAGAUAUUUCAACGGACAAUUUGAAACCAAAUAAGAGUACAAAUAAAGAACAAAACAAUAAAAAAUCGAACCAAAAAAGAUUAAGUACUAAAAAUUCUGCGAUUGAAGUGGAAAGCGAUUCUAAUGGCAAUAAACACGAAAAGUCUAAACGAUCAAAAUUUAACGUUGGAUGUGUAUCUGAAUCAGAUGAGGAAGAAAUUUCGACACAAAAUGUAGAACGAAUUCCGAGUACAAAUAAGAAAAACAAGCGAACAAAACUCGAAUCACUAAAAUUUAUUAUUGGAAGUUCGCUCUUUGGUGGAAAAAAACGUGAUUCUAGACGACUAUCUACGUCCGAAAAAACUGAGAACGAAUUAAAUAACAGGGAUAAAUCGUCGAAAAUAAUAGAACCAACUAAAGGUAAAGUUAUACAACGGAGCAAAAGAAAAUUAGACGAAAAUAAAUUAGCGGAAAAUAAAGAGAAUCAUUCUGAUGGUAAUAAGGAGGAGUCUAGACGGUCACAUAAUGGAAAUCUGAGUGAGACUGAGUUAGAUCGAACAUCGCUAUCAUCGAAAAAGAUUUAACCUAAUACACAACAUCAAGGUAACGAUGAAUUUGUUUUUACAGCUCCUGAUUGUGUGAAAAUGGUGGACAGCUCUGAAACCGACUUAAAAGGCGGAAGGCCACCUAAACCUAAAUUAAAACGCGGAAGAUCGCGUAAAACAGAAUUAUCUAGUUCUACGGAACGUCAAAGUAACGACGAAUUUGCAUUCAAACGUCUUGAUUGCCCGCAAAUGGCUGAGAGCUCUAAAACGGAUUUAAACGACAAAAGAUCAAAACGAGG